UUUGGAAAUCAGUUAAGUUUAAACAUCUUGCCUUCAAAUAACAAUUUUAAGGAUUUUUUUUGCAAAACAAACUUCUUGUAAACAUGAAAUAUCAAUUGAUAGUAUUGGCCUAUUUAUUUGCUGUGGUUUUGUCAGCUCCUCAGCAUUCUGCUUCUCAGCAUUCUGCUUCUCAGAAUCCAGCUCCUCAGCAGGAUGAUACCCAUGCCGAAACUUUACGUUUGGAAACCGAAAAUAAUGGUGUUGAUAAAUACAAUUUUGCUUAUGAAACCAGCAAUGGCAUUGUUCGCUCUGAGGAAGGAGAACUCAAGACUACAGAGGACGGUGCUGCUAUUGUUGUCCAUGGUACUACCACUUGGACUGCUCCAGAUGGCAAGAGAUACGAAAUGACAUUUACUGCCGAUGAAUUGGGUUAUCAUCCCUCUUUCAAACUAGUCGCUUAAAUUUGUUUGCUUUUCGGUUAAAAUCAAUUUGUUUCUCAUUAGCCUACAGUUGUGUUCAAUUUGUAAAUAUGUAGUUUAUUUUUGUUUAAAUAGUUUAUUUUUAUAUAUCAUUUUUAUUUGAAUUUUUGUUUAAUACUCAAUUUAACUUUAAUAAAUAAAGGUUUUAGAAGAACAUA